CGAAGCUACAACAAGUAUUCCUUGCCUUAUCGCAACCAAGAAGCGGCACAGAAACUAGAACUCGAGUGCACUGUGUAGUGAUGAUGCACAGCCCUAGUGCACUUCAUGAUGACGCUACGUCGCACUAACGACUGAAUUUAAUUAUCGUUAGGUUGUUUCUCUUUCAAAAAAAUUAUUUUCAACUUUAAAUUGCAGGAGAGUUGUACCACAAUAUGUGGAGAAACAUUGUGCUACGGCUCAGCGAGUGAUCGCAAAUAUGCUUUUGAGAGACACCCAGCUGAAUAACAUAUGAGAGACUUCUCUACGACAAAACGACCAAGCGACUGAGGCUUCCGGAAACGAAACCAAGCAAAUCUGACUAGUAAUUUUCUCUAGGCUUUUCAUACGACAAAUGCAAGAACUUCGAAUAAUAUCCUUGUUGAGAUAACACUUUAUUUUUAAAGUACUGACCUAAAUUGAGAUUAACAAGUUGUUUAGUUUUUACACUUAGAAUUUGUUAGCAAGGAAAAAAGAUGGAGCCGAAGAUUGCUGACGUGAAGGAUGUGCAUCGCCUUGAGCGGAUUGGUGCGCAUUCGCACAUUCGUGGUCUGGGUUUGGACGAUACACUAGAUGCCCGUGCCGUCUCCCAGGGUAUGGUUGGCCAAGAUAAGGCCCGAAGAGCGGCGGGUGUUAUCUUAUCGAUGAUUAAAGAGGGCAGAAUAGCAGGACGAGCUAUUCUGAUAGCGGGACAACCCGGAACGGUACUUGUAGUUGCUCAGUUUGUUAGACUAGUUAGCGCAAGAACAUAAACAUGCUCACUCGUGUGACUACUCAUUCUUGUGUAGAAUCACCUAGUUCGGAGCUCGAACGCAAAAGAUGUAGUUCGCACACGGUCACAGACCCUUGUUCUGGAUAGUCUUCCCCAUGUACAGAAAAACUUGCAUGUAGAAAAGCUCUUUUUGAUAUCCUCUGCCUCAACAACAGGGUAAGACCGCGAUCGCAAUGGGAAUGGCAAAGGCGCUUGGCGACGACACCCCUUUUACAUGCAUUGCCGGUUCCGAGAUAUUCUCGCUGGAAAUGAGUACCACACACAUACCCACCAAAUUUAUUUUUCUAGUGUGCACGACUACGAGUUUGCAUGAUCUUCAUGUACUUUUACUCACGUGAUGAAUGAAAAAGAACUUUAACAUUAGCAUUCUACUGAAUCAAAACCUCACCCUUACAGGGCUAAUAGAUUGUCUUUGUCGUUGUACGUGACUAAGUAAGUACCGGUAAUGUAAAACCUUUGAUUUGACCUCGACGCGUUAUUCUAGGUAAAACGGAAGCGUUGACGCAGGCAUUUAGGCAGUCUAUUGGCGUGCGCAUCAGAGAGGAGGCGGAAAUAAUUGAGGGUGAAGUUGUGGAGAUCGAAAUUGAGCAGACCGAAGGAAGAGCAGCGACCUUUGGAAAGAUGACGCUUAAAACAACCGAGAUGGAGACGAUGUCCUUAUUAUUUGAAAACUAAGCAGCUUUGCAGAUGUACAAGGAUCUUGUUGUAAAUACUUGAGCUUCUGAAGGAAUGAAAUUGAAGCGCACGUCUCUUCAUCACCAACAAACUCACUUCCUUCAGUCCCACCACCACACUUCUUCACCUACUCGUAAUCCAUGUACUACAGAUACGAUCUCGGGCAGAAGAUGAUUGAACAAGUCCAGAAGGACAAUAUUCAGGCUGGCGAUGUAGUGACGAUAGAUAAAUCCUCGGGAAAGAUUACACUGCUGGGAAAAUCCUUCGCUAGAAGUAAAGACUUCGACGCCAUGGGACCACAAACAAGGUAAUAAUUGAUUUUUAUCUAUAAUCAACAUCACUCGUAUUAUUCUCAUCGUGUCAUAUUCUUAUUCGCUGUGUUUGUUCUACUGGUACAACACUUAGAAUGUGAAUGGUCGUCUUCUAAAGUUAGUAGUACCAACAUCGAGCAGUCCCCCUAUUGACCACGCCACUUAUGACUGCGGUUCAUCGAGUAAGUACUCUGAUUGACGCUACUACUGCUAUGGAGUACUCCUUCUUCUAUUGAUGACGUCAGUACUUGUGAAUCACUAAAGGUUUGUGCAGUGCCCUGAUGGAGAGCUGCAAAAGCGAAAGGAGGUUGUCCAUACCGUAAAUUUGCACGAAAUCGAUGUGAUCAAUAGCAGAUCACAGGGAUUCCUUGCCCUUUUUGCUGGCGACACUGGUGAAAUUAAGCAGGAGGUGCGCGAGCAAAUAGACGCCAAAGUUGCUGAAUGGCGAGAGGAAGGAAAGGCCGAGAUAGUACCAGGUAAUAUGAUAUACAACACUCAUGAAAACAGAAGUAUGGUUUUGAUAGGUUGUGUUUGAGCAUGAUACUGCAGAACUCUGUGUCUGAGGGGUAUUUGUUUUCCAGGAAUGAAGAAUUAUUUCGAAAAGGAAUUCGUAUGGAGAUAAUUUUUUCGUCUAUAAUUACAGGCGUCUUGUUUAUCGACGAAGUGCACAUGUUGGAUAUUGAGUGCUUCUCGUUUUUGAACCGCGCAUUGGAGAUGGAGACCUCGCCCGUGGUGAUCAUGGCCACAAACCGCGGCAUCACGAAGAUCCGGGGAACCGAUUACAAGAGUCCUCACGGCAUUCCGCUGGAUCUGCUGGACCGAGCGUUGAUCAUCAGCACUGUGCCCUACUCGGAGCGGGAAAUCCGUAAGAUUUUGGACAUUCGUGCCGAAGAGGAGGACGUGGAGAUGACCGAAUCGGCGAAGGAGCUGCUGACGAAGAUCGGGAUGGAAAGCACUCUGCGGUACGCGAUCCAUCUGAUCAGCGUCGCAAACCUGGUCUGCAUGAAGCGCAAGGGACAGGAGGUCGAUGUGCCGGACAUUCGAAAAGUCUACUCCCUGUUUGUGGACGUAAAGCGGUCGACGCAAUUCCUCAUGGAGUACAACCAGGAAUUCAUGUUCUCGGAGCUCGAGCAAAACGCGAUGCAGGUGGAGGAUGAAGAAGAGUAAAAACUACUGCGGCCUGCUGUGCUGGGAUUCACACUACAUCAAGCUCUAGAGUGGGCGAUCACGACACAAAAUCUCCUGGUGGAAGAAGUUGUACUACUACGUCUACGUGUGCGUGGAGAUGGAAGAAUAGUAGCCGACGAGAACAGGUAGGGCACUUGCUCCUGAUCACACCUGUUUGGAGAUAUCGCUCACGACGCUAGGACGUGAGGAACACGAGGAUUUUGAUGGCUGCUUGACAAUGUUAUUCCUUGAUGACCAAAAUUGAGUCAGAAAACGGCUCCAGCAGACCACAGUGAUCACAAAUGCUUGUACAGAACAUUUUCUGAUCACGAAUCUUCUCGUCUUUUUAUUGAAGUAGCAGUACAGCGUUCUUCUGGUGCAGAUUCCCCAACUAACUUCCCAAUCCCCCAUGCUGAUCAACAUGGAGUAGACCCCUACUCUCGAAUGAAUUUCAGGACCAGUUGCGACGUAGGAAUGACUAUACCGCAUACUUUUGAGUAUGAGGUCAAAGACUUCAAUAGGAAAGAAAAUCAGUUAAACAGUCUAAACAAAGCUAGUUUUCAGCCUCUCGAGCAAAUUGGAGCGG